GCUCCGCAUCACGGUUAGCUGGCACAGCCUGAAAAGGCAGCAGUUUAUCCAAAACGGGAGAAUAAGAAGAAGAAAAAAGAAGAGAAAACUUAAAAGUGACACCGAGUCAUGAUGACCGAGGCAGAGAGUGGAGCGGAGCCGCGCAUGAGGGGCCGCGGGGGCGCGCACAUGCAACACUUCAGGCUCUGCUGUUUGUCGUUUCCAGCCUGCAGCGGCUGCAGCGGCGGCUGCUCUUCCCGUCAGCUCGAUCAGGAAACCGCACAGAUAAACCGCUCUGGUGGUGAAGCCGGGGCUGUCUGAGGCUUCAGCUCGGCUCUACAAACACACGGCUCUGCGGAUCAUGUGUGAGCAGGUCCGGCAUGAGAGCGGUCGGACUGGCCGGCAGAAACAACUGCAGCCGGGUCUGUUUUUAUGGAGAGUUGCCGCCGAGAGAGAGAGAGGCGGCAGUUGCCCUGAAAUCAGCCUAAAAUCAGCCUGAAAUGAGCCUGAAAUCACCCUGAUCAGCCGCCCCGGAAUGCAGAAAAGCAGAAGCUGCGACUCGUGGAGUUUACUGUUGUGAGUUGUUCUAAAAGGCUGUAGCUAUAAAUGUGAAGACAAGCUGUGCUGCUCCUCUGUAUAAAGGUUAGUAUUUAGACAGUGAGUCUAUGUGGAUGGGUCUGUUUUCCGGAGGCGACAUUGUUAAAAACGCAAGCCGAAGGAGGUGAUGCCUCCACCGGCCAAAGAACUGAGGGCUGACCCGGUGUUUGGCUUGGAAAUGGGGGUGGGAUUUCCCGAUCUUUCCUGUCAUUGGUUAAUAUUUUAUUCUGUUGACAUGUUUUCUUACUGCUAAUGCUUCCGACACCUCUCUUGUCCCCCCCUCCUCUCCCGGAGUCUGGCCGGAGCUGUCAGAACCACGCCUAUAGGGGCCCACAAUUGGUCCAGAAAGCGUAAAAUCAGCAAUCAAAGGGGCUUGGUUCAUUAGUGUUGGGGAUGGAGGCAGGAAGGACAUGUGAGAUAGUAACAGAUCUGCAGUGAACGGGGCCACAUCUUUUCUAGUCAGGGUGGGAUGAGUGAAGCAAGGGAAACAGCUUUUUUCUGAUCGAGGCUCACACAGCGCAGCGGGGCUCUGCCGUCUCAGCGCGGCCACUGACGCGCUCUCCGCCGGGGAACCGGAGCACAGCAAAGCGAAGGGAAGGAAAGGAAAGCAGCAACUCCGGGCUAUUUUCGUCUCACUCAUAACACAUUGUGCGUUUGACAAGAGGCUGCGCUUUUUUUUUCUUUCUGUGCCGCGUUAACAGAAACUAAAGUGCUCCUGAAAAGCGCGGACCUAUAUUCUUACCGGGGCGCUCUCUCCGGCUUUGAGGGAGGGGAAGAUAUACCACUAAAAAAAAAUAUCCAUUGUUUUUCACUUCGGUUUUUGUGGAUGCACCGAUGAGAGAUCCAGUUUUUACAGGGACUGCAAUGGCUUACCACCCUUUCCACGCUCACCGGCCGACCGACUUCCCCAUGUCCGCGUUCCUGGCGGCGGCGCAGCCGUCCUUCUUCCCGGCGCUCAGCCUCCCUCCCGGCGCGCUCACCAAGCCGCUCCCGGAGCACGGCCUGGACCCGCACACGCACCCGGCCCUCAGCCACCACCAGGCCGCCCUGCGCGGCAUCAAGAGCCUGGAGCCCGAGGAGGAGGUGGACGACGACCCCAAAGUCACACUGGAAGCCAAGGAUCUCUGGGACCAGUUUCACAAGCUCGGGACGGAGAUGGUGAUCACCAAGUCCGGACGGAGGAUGUUUCCUCCGUUCAAAGUGCGGAUAAACGGGCUCGAUAAAAAAGCCAAAUACAUCCUGCUGAUGGACAUCGUGGCGGCGGACGACUGCCGCUACAAGUUCCACAACUCCCGCUGGAUGGUGGCGGGCAAGGCCGACCCGGAGAUGCCCAAGAGGAUGUACAUCCACCCGGACAGCCCCGCCACCGGAGAGCAGUGGAUGGCCAAGCCUGUUGCUUUCCACAAACUCAAGCUCACCAACAAUAUCUCGGACAAACACGGAUUUGUCCAGACCAUUCUGAACUCCAUGCACAAGUACCAGCCGCGGUUCCACAUCGUGCGGGCCAACGACAUCCUGAAGCUGCCGUACAGCACCUUCCGCACCUACGUGUUCCCGGAGACGGAGUUCGUGGCCGUGACGGCCUACCAGAACGACAAGAUAACUCAGCUGAAGAUUGACAACAACCCAUUUGCCAAAGGAUUCAGAGACACUGGGAACGGAAGGAGGGAGAAACGGAAGCAGCUGACCAUGCCGUCGCUGCGGAUGUACGAGGACCAGUGCAAGGCGGACCGGGACGGCGCGGACUCGGACGCCUCGUCCAGCGACCCCCCGGCCGGCAGGGAGUCCGUGCACUCCCCGCUGGGGCCCGGGGGCAGCCCGCUGCGGUUCAGCAGGCCCGGCCGAGAGGAGAAAACGUGCACGGACAGCGAGCAGGAGCUGGACCAUCACGAGGAGCAGUGCACCGGCUCCACCAGCCCGGGGACGGAGCCCGUGUCCCCCUACAGCUCCAGGUGUGAGGAGCGGGCCAGGGAAAGAGCAAGCACUGACAAGAAAGACGACUCCAUCUUCAGCAUAAGGAACCUAGAAAAGGACAAAGUGGAGAGCAGGCACAGGAAGGACACGGCAGACGCGUUGACAAAGGACUCAGACGCUGGAGGCAUCAGUGCCAGCAAGGAGUCCUUCUCCCCUCUAGUGGUCCAGACCGAGAGCCCCUCGCACUUCAGCCCGGGACACUUACAAAGCCUGGCUCUGUCCGGUCUGCACAGUCAGCAGUUUUUUAACCCUCUGAACGCCGGAUCGCCGCUGUUGUUUCACCCUGGGCAGUUUGCUAUGACCCCUGGAGCCUUUUCUGCCAUGGGCAUGGGGCAUCUAUUGGCUUCUGUAUCUGGAGCGAGUGGAUUGGAAAACGCCAGCCUCGCGGCCCAGGGCUCAGGAGGAAGCCCUAACCCCUUCCCCUUCCAUCUGUCUCAGCACAUGCUCGCCUCUCAGGGCAUCCCCAUGCCUCCGUUCGGAGGUCUGUUCCCGUACCCCUACACCUACAUGGCGGCGGCUGCGGCCGCGGCCUCGGCCUCCGCCCUCCCGGCGACCAGCACCUCCAGCCCGCUCUCCAGGAACCCCUUCCUGGCCUCGUCCCGGCCCCGCCUGCGCUUCAACCCCUACCAGCUCCCCAUGUCGCUGUCCCAGACCUCCGGGCUGCUGGGCACGGGCCUCCCCGCCGGCCUGGGCCUGCAGGGCACGGAGUCCUCCAAGGCCGGCAGCAGCCGGGAGACCAGCCCGGCCCCGGACACCCAGAGCAACCACAAGACGAGCGGAUCCAACGCCAGAGCCGCGUCUCCCAAAAGCUCCGUGAAGGACUCUGUAAACGAGCUGCAGAGCAUCCAGAGACUGGUGAGCGGCCUGGAGGGCCAGAGGGAGCCCUCCCCGAACGCUGACUCUCCCAAGUGAUUCACACUCUCUCCGUUUGGGACUAAAAAGUCGGGGCUUGAAUACCAGAAGACUAUAAUAUGUGCAUUAUGUCCUGUACAGCACAUCACCGAGACUGAAAUGAGGGUGCGACCGAUGAUGAUGAGAGUCCAUGAAAGCUGAUUACAAAUAUUUUUUUUUUUUGGGAACAAAGCUGCAGGUAGACAGAAAAGUAGUCUAUAUAAUUAUAUUUAACCAUUUUAAAAUAAAUUCACAGAUAUUGAAGAUUUCCUCCAGAGCUGAACUCUUUUAAAUGUUGAAAAGCCUUUCAGGACAACAUUUCCACUAUAUUAUCGGGCACAAACCCCUUCAGUGAAUCCCAGCGUGUUUAGGGUCGGCUGCACUAGAAGGAAUGCCUAUCCCCCCCACUAUCAGGUACACUAAUACCUUUCUACUCUGACUAAAUUAUGGUCAAAUUAGGAAAACUGCCAUUACAAAAAAUAAUACAAACAAUAGAGAAUAGACUAAAAAACGCUAAAUAUAUAUAUAUAUAUAUAU